GUCUUUCACCCUAACCCAAAACAACCAGAAGCGGUCCUUUUGGACAGUCACAAAGCCGCCAAGGAAGAUCUUCCACAAACCCAGCCAGCAGCACAAGAUCGAUACGCAUUGUCAACUCAAAGUGUCCUUUAUGCUCUGAACAAGCAAAACUGGGCAGUUGUAGUGAUUGGACUGUGUUGUGUUGGCUAUCAAGACAGCGUUUUGUUUGGGUACUGUACAUCAAGUCUAUUAAUAAAAAUAGCUACCGGUAGAGGAGCCGUAUCAAGGGUAUCUUUUGUGUGGAGCGAGAAACAUCUUUUUGGUCAUUGCAUUGGCUUUUAAUUUAAAACUUUACUGAUUAGUCAUGCUGACUCCAGGAUUUGAUGGGGAGGUUUUAACCCGAGAGCCUCCCAAUGCCGUCGAUGCCGCGAGACACUUAUGCCAAGAAGCCCGAGUGGUGUUGACGUCUUUACGCGGAGGACCACCCAAUGUGGCUCGAGGAGAAUUGGCCACGGAUUUGAUGGAUUUGAGAGCGGUUGUCAAGGCAGUUCUCUCGGAAUGUGUUAGCAACAGCAACAAUGGCAACAGCAAGGUGGCUACCGAAACUACCAAUCUUAGCAGCAGCAACAACAACAAAAAUCAGUCAGCUAAUGCUACCCCUGAAGCAACAACCGCUACCCCUCAGCCGCCCAUUCCGCCACCACCCCCGCCUCCUCCACCACCCCCUCCACCGGUACAACCACCUCUGACGACAAGAGAUAUUCACGAUGAUGAACUAGGAGAUGGCACCGUCUUUGUGGAUCCACAACCCCCACCACCGCCGCCUCCUGAUACUAUGCAACAACCACCACAACCCCCUCCCAAUCCAAUGGCCUGGUUGGAAGAUGUAGGACCAUUUGCACGACCAUUCUUGUCCGUGGUCGUCGAUCCAAGAGCCGCUGGUCCCCACACACUCGUGGCACUACGAUCGCUCUUUCGAUUGGUAGAACAAGGAUCCCUCUUGCAACCCAAAAAUUCCCCUCAUCCCUACACAGUCUUAUUCGAAUCACUCACCAAGGGUGUGCUCUCCUGCAAAUUCGAACAAACCGAUGCCGGAGCCGAUGAAGCCGUCGAAAUGGCCAUUGCCGAUUUGUUAGCAUUGCUAGUCAAACAAAAUCAAGCGUCCAUUCACCCAGAAACACUCAUGGAGGCAUUUAAUACCGUCUUUGUCACUCGAAACACAUUUGUCCAUUCACCCGCACUCUGCUAUCAUUUUGAAGAUGUCCUGACGGCCAUUGUGUCAUCGGUCUUUUCCGAUUUUCAUCCUUCGGUCACACUCAUUUUGGAAUUCUUGGUCAACCAGUUGCUGCAUACACCGCUCGUGGGAGGGGAUGUCAUUGAUGAAUCCAUGCGAGAAGCACAAAUGGCACAUGCCGCCACUCGACUCUUGUGCUUGCGAUUGGUCAAUUGUGCCGUACGGACUGGAUGGAUAGAUUUUCACGAGCGACACGACAAUAAUAACACCAUGGCGGAAGAAAAAGAAUUGUUGCGCAUUAUCAAAGAUGACUUGUGUCUCUCAUUGCUCAUGACGGGACAGGCUAUUUGGACAUAUCAUGACGCGUCCAGUAAUAUUUCACCCGGAUUGAUCUCCCUCGAUGUCUUGUCCGAAAUCUGCAAUACGCUCUCUACAUUGUGGCAUACCAUUCCACUGCGGAAACAUUUGGUGGCGCAGUUCGAAACCAUCUUUACCGGAUUUUUUCAGCGGGCAUUGGUAUUGCUACGCAAACGAAACCAUCCCAUGGAUUCCAUCACCUUUAACGCCGAUUUGGUUUUUGAUGCCGAAGUCGAAGUGAUUCUGGAAUCAUUGGUCGAUCUACUGUGCUUGCACGACUUUCGACAUUCCAUUGCGGAUGGAGAUGGUGGGUCUCUCGAAACCCUGUUUGCCACUUAUGAUUGUCACAUGAGACGAUCCGAUGUCGCUGCCGGUUUAAUGGUCGAACUCUGUCGAUGCUGUGGAGGGGGCGUCAAUGAGGAGGGUGAAGCUGUCGUUACGCCCGCUAGCAGUGUCGCAGGAACACCCGUUCCUACAGGAACCAAUACACCUGUGGGUCAAGACGAGUUGUCCGUCCAAGGUAGUAGCAUCCAAGAAAUGGAACUUUGGAGGCCUGUUCCACCACACCUCAAAGAACUCUGCGCCCAGGCGUUGAUGGGGGCCAUGAAAUGUCUGUUCCGUGACGAUAAGGCGAGCAAAGAAACACUGUUGAAACGAUCCCAGCGAGAGUUGACUAUCAUGCUUUCGGGAGAAGAACUACAACUUGAUCCAUCAGUGACAGAACCAGUGCCCGACGGAAACAACGACGCAACAAAAGAUGAUGACAACGAUCACUUUUUGCGAAAUAUCAAGUCGAAGAAAAGGCUCAUGCGAAAAGGUGCCAUGCUAUUCAAUCAAAAACCGUCGAAAGGAUUGGAAUUCCUCGUCUCUGCAGGACUGUUUGAGGAUCCACCCACCCCUGCAUCAGUUGCCAGCUUUCUCCGAAACGGAAUUGUGGUAGGACUCAACAAGAAAGCUGUAGGUGCCUAUUUGGGAGAAGCUGGGAAACUCCGCGAAGCGGGCAAGUCACCUCCUAACUGGCAGAGAGAUUGGUUCCAUAAGGAAGUGCUGGAAACAUAUUGCAAACUGUUUCGGUUCGAAGGUCAGAGCUUGCUGGACGGUCUGCGGAUGUUUUUGUCUUCCUUCCGCCUUCCGGGCGAAGCACAACAAAUUGAUCGAAUUCUUCAGGCGUUUUCAGACACCUGUGGAGCCGUGUGCGAGGAAUCUGUCAGUGGCCGCUUGAAACUCUUUUCGACGGACCCCAAACGAGCCAGUGACGCUGCCUACCUUCUAUCUUUUAGUAUCAUUAUGCUCAAUACGGAUUUGCACAAUGCCAACAUUCGAGAGGACCGAAAGAUGAAAUUAGAAGAUUUCAUCAAGAACAACUCGAAUUAUGGGAGUGACAUUACAGAAAAAGGAAAGGAGUUCCCUCGUUUCUUUCUGGAAGGAAUAUACGAGAGCAUUAAAGAAGAAGAAAUCCGGACAGAGGGAGAGGGCGCUGACGGUUGCAUGACGAUUGAACGCUGGAAAGAUGUACUGAGAGGUUCAACUGAAAAAGGAGCAGGAGACAAUGUCCCGUCCAGGCAUGAUGCUGAGGAUUUGACAGAGCUAGUUCUGGAACACGUCUGGAUUCCCAUAAUGUCCGCUAUCGGUGCCUUUUGGGGUAUCGCGAGGUCGGAAGAUGCCCUGUUCGAGCCAAACGCAGCAGCACCCGCCGGCGAAAUCCCCAAGAAAGGAAACAUGCUCGGGGUACAAGGAGCUCGUCUCGGCAUGGACAUGGCACUUGAGAUGUUGGAGGGGGUGUUGCAACUCCGUAGGAUCGACAUCUUCGGAAGGAUUUUCGCCUGCGUCUGCAAAUAUACUGGCUUGAUCGGAGAAUACAUGGCAGGCGUGGAAGAGCGUACAGAGAUGUUUGUGAAUUCCCUGGAAGCUCAGAGCGGCCUGAUUGUUGCCGUGAGAAUUGCACGUACAGCUAGUAAUGACAUUGGACUUGACGGUUGGAAGUUCGUGUGGCAAAUGAUUUUUGAGCUCAGAGAUAUCAAAAUGCUGGGCGGCCCCGGAGGAGGUGAAGAAAUGCUGCGUCGAACCACCAUUUUGGAAGAAAGCGAAGACGACUUGCUCACCAAAGAGGCUCGGCAAAAGUGGAAUGCUUGGCUUGUAAAGGGCGAUACCCAAGAAAGACCUGAAAGAGAGUCUUCGGGGGGUCUUCUGAGUGCAUUCGGUCGUGCAUUAUUUGGCAGUGACGAUGACGCAUACGUUACGGAAUCCAGCAACAGCGGACAACCGGCCCCGUACAACGGGAAGCAUUCUGUUCAUGAAAAGGAGCGUUCCCUGAUAUGGGACGAAAAUGCAGACAGUGACGAUGGAGGCGCGGCAAUGGGACUUGCUACCAGCGAAGACACAUUUGCCAGUCAGAUUGCUCGUAGCAUUGGCGCUCAAUUUGAGAACGAUUUGAUUCGAGAGAAUGUGAUUUUGAGCCAACAGGCGCAGCUACCGGUAACUGGGCUCGAGAGCUUGGAAGAGACUCGCAACAGACAGCACUCGCCCAGGGCUCGAGUCCGGGGUCGCGUGUCAAGAUCUUGCGAUUUCUACGGACUUGUCACUGACAGUCGAUUCAUGACAGACGAUGGGAUAAAAUGCAUGUUGAAGGCGCUCCUCGAGGUAAUCGAAUCGCAAGCAGUCGUCGAUAAGGAAAACCAGUCAAAUCCUCCAACUCCAUCCGAAAAUGCCCUCGAUAGGCGUCUUCAAGUCCCUCCCUCCGGUGUCAUAUUUCCAUUGUCGCCGGCAUCCUUGACCUUUGCAGAGGUGUUGGUCUGCGAGAUCUCGUUAAAGAAUAAGGAUCGCUUGGGGACCCUCUGGAAUGGUUUGUUGGAUUCGCACUAUACAAGAAGAUUGGCAGGUAUCACCAAGGAAGUGGAAGACAGAUCAGAGGCCAGAAUGACGAUCAUUGGAUCUGGCACCGAAAAGUGUGUGACUGGACUGCUGCGGAUAUGCGCUUGUGCGACGAACAAAGACGUAGCGGAUGACAUAAUUGGAAGUUGGCGUCAGCUCGCAUCUUGGCCCGAAGAUUUGCCUGAGCAAUCAAUAAUGGGUUUCCUCGACAAACACGUGUCUGGUGGGUUGUGGCGAAUUGUCAACAACGUUGACGGUAAACUUGGGGCCGACGGAUGGGAAGGUCUCAUUGCCUUGGUCACGUGGUGCGCCGCCAGAGGAGGGCAGCUGCCCCCUCUCCAUGAAAAUGGACUUGUGGGUGAGACGACUCUUGCAGACGAUGACCCUGCGCUUCAGUCGUAUCGUUCAUUGCACCUGAUUCUAAGCACGAAAGAGGUGUGCGACACAGUACCAAAUUCCAUUGUUGGAAGUGUGUGCACGGUGAUUUUCUCCGGCGAGAAGCGCUGUUGUUCGCUGCUUAGUAUAGCCGGGUUGGAUUUACUUCACGAUUUCCUGGAGCAUCGAGGCAAUCAAGCUCUAGGUUUGGAGUCGGAAGGCGGGUGCAACGAUGAAGCAGUGGGGGCAUUCUGGACGCAAUGCUGGAUGCCAUCACUGGAGACCAUGUCGAUUACAGCUGAAAAGGGAACGAUCCCGAAUGUUCGCCAGCACUCCCUUUCAAUGCUAACUACCUGCCUAAUGGACAAUAGAUCUGGAGCGGCGCCUGCCGAACAGAUUUGUACAGAUAUGGUGAAGUUGUGCAUUCCUCUCGCUGGGAGGCGGAUAAAUGAAUUGAAGAUUGGCAAUGCUGCUGUCGCCAGCGCAGAUGAACUCAUGAUAGAAUUUGAACUCUGCAUGAAACUCAUUUUCAAGCCAUUUCAACGCCACAUCGCCCGCGUAGCGAAGGGCGGCGGAGAUGGCCUCGCCGUGUGGACUGCUAUACUGGCUGUGCUUGAAGAGUUAUUGGGAGACGAGAAGGUGCCCCGCAACGGCAACAAACUUCUGACCGAGAGCUUGGCAAAGAGCAUGCGGGAAUUGGGAAAGGAGCACCUCCACAAUGGAAUUAUGUUCCUUAGCUCAGAGGGCCUCAUCACGACGUCCGAUGGCAACUUCAGCACCGCAACCUGGGAGUAUGUAGGACGAAUGAGAUUCUGCAAGGGCUCUCUCGAGCAGUGGAAAAAAGAGGCGACCAAAGGAGCUAGCUCAUGAUAACAAACAGGAAUCGAAUCAAUUUUUCACGGCUCUCGAUGCAGUGCUAUUAAAGUAACUUUUGCUAUUCCCAUU